AUGGACCGCCAGAAGGCGUUGGGAACGCUUCGGGAGUAUAAAGUGGUGGGGCGCUGCCUGCCCACCCAGAAGUGCCACACACCACCCCUGUACCGAAUGCGCAUCUUCGCACCCAACCAUGUGGUGGCCAAGUCCCGGUUCUGGUACUUGGUGUCGCAGCUGAAGAAGAUGAAGAAAUCAUCCGGGGAGAUUGUGUACUGCGGGCAGGUGUUUGAGAAGUCGCCGCUGCGGGUGAAGAACUUCAGCAACUGGCUGCGCUACGACUCCCACAGCGGUACACACAACAUGUACCAAGAGUACCGGGACCUGACCACCGCUGGUGCGGUCACCCAGUGCUACCGUGAAAUGGGUGCCCAGCACCGUGCCCGCGCGCACUCCAUCCAGAUCAUGAAGGUGGAAGAGACUGCAGCGGGCAAGUGGACUUGGAAGAUAGAGGCAGGAGUUCAGUAA